CUAUAUAAACUUGAAGGUUAGGGGGUGGAAUUUAAAAACCCUGACAAUGGCUGAACUAAUAGAGAAAGAACCUUUGAUAGGCCAAAAGAAAAAAAAAGAUCAUGCUAAUCAGAGACGCCUUCGAAGAAGAAGUAGAUCACCUGGUUGGGGAAAUGGAGAUGCUGCUGAAAGCGAUCUAAGUGAAAAUAGCUCAAGAGCUAGCUCUAUGAAAUCUGGAAAGUCAGAGUGUCCUACAGUUCAAGAUCUUGAUGCUGAAAUACAAAAUGGGCCUGAGCCAAGGGAUCCUGACUUAGUACCAAAUGAUAAAAUACUUCACCAAUAUCAAGAAGUACCACCACAACAAAGACCACCAGCAGUAAGGCUAAUAGUGGAUAAUGAAGAAAUCAUGUAUCCAUUUAAACGAGGCUGUUGCUUGGACUGUUGCACAAGGAAACUAUCAAACAACAGAAAGAAAUGCUCGGCUGUUGCUUUCUUCUUUGCUAUACUGUUCUUAGCAGGGUCAAUAGCAUGCUUAGUGCUUGUUACUAAGUACCCUGAAGUACUAACAGACACUACUGAAAACAUCACAUUGCACAUUCCACUGAAAAGUGCCAUAAAGCUCAAUCUUACUGACUACAACAUCAGUACCAUAAAGAGAGACAAGCUUAAAAUUGCUGUUGCAAACACUACAAAAAAAGAACACAAAGGUUUGAUAACAAUUGCUACAACUCACAACAGAGAGGAAUGCACUGAUGAAAAUGAGAUAACAAUGACUUACAAGUAUAAGAAAGGCUAUAAAGACUUCUUACGCUACUGGCCAUCAUCAAGUCAUGUAUCAGUAACAAUAUCCAUCCGUGACAAUGAUGAUAACCACAUCAUAGCUUGGAAAUGGGGCACUUUAAGUAAUCCUCCACCACUUGACCUUAAAUGUGAAGCACUAAACACGCAUGAUAAAUCUACAAAGACAGAGAUCAACCAAAGUAUCUUCUUUAAUAACAAACCAAGGGAUAUGAAUUAUAUCAGAGUAAUACUCUGCAAUAAAGCUGACACAGAAACAAUUGCUAAUAUCGAGAUAAAAGAAUGCAUUGCUUUGCCUAAUGAUCAGUUGUACAAGUAUAUCUAUAUUGAUGAUACUAAAGAGCCUAAGCCAGUUGAAGUGCAAUUUCAGGGUUUCUUCUCAGAAAUGCUAAAGCACUCGAUGCUAUACAUUGAUACACGUCACAUGAGCAGCUCAAAUAAUGAAGCUGAUAAGGAAAUCCAGCUAGAGCUCCAAAAUCAAACAAGCAGUAACCCUCUGAAAGAAAUAGUUAUAGCAAUAACUGUUAUAUUGUUUAUUGCAUCCAUUUUAUUUUUCUUACUAGGAUGCUUCUGUCUUUGCUGUUGCAGAAGGAAAGAAUUCUGUGGUUGUGGAGUGUAUUAUCAAAACAAAAGAGAUUGAGAAUUGAGAGUACAUGUACUUCUAUAGCUGUUAACUAGUAUUAAUGCUGAUUGUAAUAGUUUUUUAACAACAAUUAAUUAAUUAA